ACAAACAGAAGCCAUUGUUGUUGUUUGUCCCUUUUCUUGUCAACCCUUUCCCUUUCCCUUUCCCAACGAAUCUCUCAGAAUCAUAAAUUCAAAAAUAAAAAAAAAAAAAUAGGCCAAAUCUCACAACUGUCACCACUACCAUUGCAUUAACCCCAGCUCAACUCCCAUAGUAAUACAUUAUACAUAUGCCCCAGAUCUGUUCUGACAUUUCCAAUCAUUAUUUCUCUAAGGGUAUAUGUUGUAAUGUGUGUUUGUUGUAUGUAGAUCUUGAGCUGGAAAUUUCAUAAUUGAGAGUUUUGGAUUGAGGGAAAAGCUAAGGGGGUGUUAUAUAUUUGAAAAGGGGUAAAAAGAAUGGUGUUUUGGGAGGGUUAUGUGAGUGAUGAAUUGAUGGGGACAUUUGCCCCAAUAGUGGUGUAUUGGUUGUAUGCAGGGUUUUAUCAGCUAUUGCCUCCAAUGGAUAGAUACCGUCUUCACACAAGGAAAGAGGAAGAUACCAAGAAUUUAGUUCCGCUGAGUUCUGUUGUUAAAGGGGUUCUUAUCCAGCAGUUUUUUCAGGCAACUGUUGCUCAUCUGCUCUUCGUGUUAACUUGUAAGGUAACUACAUCAGAAACUGUAGUCCAGCCCUCAAUUCCUGUUCAGAUUGUGCAGAUCAUUAUCGCGAUGCUGGUCAUGGACACAUGGCAGUACUUUGUGCAUCGCUACAUGCAUCAGAACAAGUUUCUGUACCGCCAUAUUCAUUCCCAGCAUCAUCGGUUGGUUGUGCCUUACGCGAUUGGUGCCCUUUAUAACCACCCACUUGAAGGUCUCCUCCUGGAUACCUUUGGUGGUGCUCUUUCGUUUCUUGUUGCUGGAAUGACCGCACGUACUGCUGUAAUCUUUUUCUGCUUUGCUGUGGUCAAAACAGUUGAUGAUCAUUGUGGACUUUGGCUACCUGGUAAUAUCUUCCAUUUGUUUUUCCAAAAUAACACUGCUUACCAUGACAUUCAUCAUCAGCUCCAAGGCACAAAGUUCAAUUAUUCUCAGCCAUUCUUUGCCAUUUGGGACAAACUUCUUGGAACAUACAGGCCAUACAGACUUGUAAAAAGGCCUGAGGGUGGUUUCGAGGCACGACUGAUGAAGGAUUAGUUGGUUUGAUCAUUAGUCUUCUGUAUGCAAUCAACGUCUUUUGUAGGGAUAGCUACCAAGUUGAGGUUGUUCUCUCUAGCAGCUGCCUUGGAAGAUCUACAUUCAUCAAGUCUUGAAUGUGCUUCAGAAAUUAGAAAUGUUCAUUCUUUUCUUUUCGGUUGACCGUGGUUAUUCGUAAUUUUUGUCUAACCUCUUGAUGAUUUGUAAGCCUAUUGUUUCUGAGCUCUUACUUUGUGCAGUAUUACUUUUUUAACUAUUGCAACUUGCUUAGCAGGUUGUUUUUGUAUUGCCUUUCGAGAGUUGUGAGAAAUCAAGAUCAUGUAAUUAAAAUUGUUAAAACUAUGUAGUGUAAAAUUUCAUGGCCAUUGGAGUUAUUUCAA